AGCAAGAUUGUGAUUAUUUUUAUUCUAGUGAUAGUUGCUGGGUAUCUUCAACAAAUCACGGUUUCGCGGGUAGGAGCUUCAAUCAGGUGUCGUCCUGGUCAGGCAAAGCAGGAUUCCGUUGGCUGCGAUGCACCGAAGGCUGGAAUGCGCCAACUUGAAAAACUGGCCGAUGGGUGACAACCUUGCUUGCUUGCUCCGCUGGUUCGAGAUGCACACACACACACACACACACACACACACACACACACACACAACCAAUCACACACCAGCAGACUGCACCACACCACACACCAACCAACCAAACCAGAGAUCACGCACGACCAAAGCAAGUGGGCUCAAAAGAACCGCCUGCAAAGUCGCGGCCACCAAAGGAGCUUUGCGCUGCCCACGCCAGAGACAAGUCGCAGCACACGGCCUGCCGGCGUUGCCGUUCGCAUUCACACCACCACAUACUUGCUUGCUUGAUUCAGACAGCAUCACAAGCGUCAUCUCUCUCUCUCUCUCUGUCUCUGUCUCUGUCUCUCUCUCUGUGCGUUGUGUAUUCCAUCACACACGUCCACUUCCAACCACUCCAAACCGCUACAGCAACGCGUCGCAGCUGCACCGCAGUCAGCAAGGGACUGACCAAAGUCUCAAGACAAGAACGAACAAGGCCGGCGUUGAUUGCGCUGUCUCACUCUUGGUGUUGAUUGAGAGGCCAAGAUGACGACGGAGGCGCCCUCGGCUACGUCCAGUCGCGGCUCAAACAGGCUCAGCGACACAAGCAAGCGUGCGAGCGACUUACCGUCCAGCACGACGUUCUCCCACAACAUUGGGCUGCAGUCGCUGUUCACUGCCGUCGCCUACAAUGAUGGCAAGACCAGCCUCAUGUCCGACUUUACCCAGCGCUCAGACAACCCCGUCCCACUCGAGCUAAGGAUUGAGUUCAGCCUGUUGCAUCUGUUCAAGGCGCAGCAGUCGCGCACCAAGCCGUCAGCGGGCGUGCAAAUCCUCAACGAGCAGUUGAAGCGCAUUGAGGAGCGGCAUCGUGCCGAGACCACCAUGUACGAGGAGAUGCAAGAAUACCUCAAGCAGCGGUCCCGUCUGGAGUACGAGCACGCACAGAACUUGACGAAGCUCACCCAGCAGUUCCACCAGCGCGCCAAGUUUCCAGACUGGACGUUCAAGGAGGGCCACGAGAAGAUCCUGGCCAUGGACCUGUACCGGAUGCUGCUGGAGAAAGACGUGGAGAAUGCGCUGAUCCAGCAGCGCGCGGCAGAGAAGGUGUUCAAGAUGGCUGGCGAGCAGAUGGAGGCCCGUCUCGAGGACAAGCGCUCCAUGGACAGAUGCGCCGUUCGCGUGCUCGGCGCUCUGCAAGAAGAGCUCUGCUCCCUCGACGCCGCCGUCACAAAGGCCAAGAAAAUGUACGACGGCAGCAUGAAGGAGCUCGAGUCCUUCCAGAAGAAGAAAUCAGCCAAGAAGAAGCCGGACUAUCCCGCCAAACUGCGGGCGCUCGAGUCCAAAGCGCGCAGUCUGAAGAUGGAGUACCUGCUGGAACUUGCGUCCGCCAACGCGCGCUACCUCAAGUUCAGGGACCACCAGAUGCCAGAGGUCUUUGAUACCAUCAACCAGCAGACGAUGGAGUGGCUCAAGGUGUUUCUCAAAGCGAUUGUCAACACCCAGCUUCAGCCAGCCCACGUCCAAAUCGAGAGUGGCACGCUGCUGCAAGAGCGGACAGACAUGCUCGAUGUCGAGUUUGAGCGCCGCAACUUCAUGCACGCAAACCGGAAGGAUUUUCCUGGUCGCCACCUCUUCCAGAUGGUCCCGUACUCCCCCGAUGACGACCCCAACCUCGAGGUGUCGAACAAGUCGAAACUCAUCCUCACACAGACGCGCAAUCUCCUCCGCCACCACGUCGACACCAUGACAAAGGAGCUUGAGAAGAAGGAGGAGCAAGUAGAGUCUCUGCUUCAGCUCUAUCAGCACUACGCAAAGGCUGGUGCUGUCCUCGAUAAGACACAGAACCAGGCCGAGACGAUGAAGCAGAAGAUGGAGCAAGUCUACGCUGAGAUUGAGGCGCUUGCUGACCACCGCUCAAGCCUGCAGUCGAAGAUCAACUUCAUUACGCAAUCCGGCGUUGACGAAAUCGAGGACUUGACGCUCAUCAACCAGAGCCAAGGUUCCGGCGUCAUCGACAUCACAGAGGCACAGGAGCGGGAGGCGGAGCGCCGGCGCCAUUUCCUGGAGAAGACAACAUCGUCGCUCGCCAUCGAACAAGACGUAUCCUCGGCGCAGGUUGAGCGGGUUCGGUCCCAGGCGAAGGUUGCAGCAGACGAUCUUGUGAGCGUCGCAGGCGAUGAUGUGGCGGCAUCUCAUAGCUGGUCCUCUGACACGAGUGAACCUCCAUCGCCCUCCACUGCCCGCAAGCAAAGCCGCUUCUCAAACAUGCUUGGUUUGCGUCGCAACAAGCGGGAGCAAAACGCCCAGAAGACGAAGAGCGGCACGAAACUGCGCGAAUCGGACGAGGCCGCACCCCCGCCACCACCAGGGCCGCCACCACCACCAACACCAGCAUCAAACACAACAGCCCCUCCACCGCCGCCGCCACCGCCGCCACCAGGCGGGAUGUUGCAGGCGACGUCGAACAGCAACGAGUCCGCUGACGACGACGACGAUGACGAUGGUGAUGACGCACCAUCACCGUUUCUCGCCAGCUCGCCGCUGCUGAAGCGACUCAGGUCAAAGCCAGCGGAGGCAACGUCCACGCCGCCACCGCCACCAGCACCAGCGGCAAAGCCAACCACGCCAACCACAACCGCUGCACCCCCUCCACCACCACCGCCACCGCCACCGGCCCCCAUGGCGUCCAUGCCUGGACCACCACCGCCACCGCCGCCACCACCAGGGCCACUGGACACAGCAAACACAGCAGCGCCACCGCCACCACCAGCGAUGCCACCAGCACCCUCCAUACCCGUACCACCACCGCCACCACCACCUGCAACGAUGGAAACGAACACAGCGGCCGACACCAUCCCAUCGCCCAUCACCCCGCCACCACCACCAUCGGCGUUUGGCGCAGGCGACGAAAAUCCUCUUGCCAACGAGGAAUUCUUUCCGCCACCGCCACCGCCAAUGUCUCCACCGCAGCGGCAGGACGAGACAGAUGUUGUUGUCAGGCGACGCGGAGCAAAAACGCGCAAGCGUAGCUCGUUUGAGGAUGUUAGACAAAGCCUGCGUGCACCACCACCGCCACCUCCACCAGAGGAUGAGCCAGCCAUUCUUCCGCCCCGUGAAGCGUUGAUUCCGCUGUAUCGCGCGAAUUACGACUACGAGCCUGCACAGCAGGACGACCUCGGCCUGCGGGCAAAGGAGAUUCUCUUCAUUCUCGUUGUCCGUGAAGACGGGUGGUCACUGGGCAUGUCUCUGCACGGCAAAGUUGGUUUCCUGCCGUCGUCGUAUGUGGAGGAGAUCAAGGAGCCUGAGAAGUACCCGUGCGAAAAGGCUCGCCUCGUGCAUGUGCCGCGCGAGUAUGUGCUGAAGGACAUGAAGGUGACAGCAGGAUCACCCGCCAUCCUUUCAAAGAUUAAGCCUGGCUCGAUUGCUGAGCGCUGUGGUCUUCGCAACGGUGACAUUGUGAUUGAGGUCAACUCAAAGCCAAGCGCCACAAAGUCGGCAGACAGCGUGAAGAAGUUGCUCAAGGCAGCUGUGGGCGAGCACGUGGCAUUCUGCGUUCUCAACCAAAACGGCCUCUUGCAGUCUGCAGAAGCCCUCAACAGAAGGAGCAAGCGCCCUUCCAACGUGAACAUGGUGUAAUGCGUGGCCGUUGGUCGCCACGAGGCCUUGGUCUACUUGUUACCAAACGCACCUUGAUGCUUGCAAGCAACCGUACAUACAGCCAACACCUUCUGGCUGCUGAAUUCUGUCGUUGUGUUCAUUCUCAUUCUCAGUGACUCUACGUUGUCAUUCCAUCACUAGUUGCUAUUGACCACCUUGUAUGUACACCCACUGUUAUCCCCCUCGUCAAUGGUCUUGUGGCGAUGAUGUUAAUGUGUUGUUGUAUUUUGCGUGUCUUUUUGAUUUGUUUCUCUUUGAUGGAAGUGUUCUCCCACGAUAGGUGUUGAUGUCAUGUCACUUUGCCCCAUUGCUGUUGGUUACAGCACCCAGUAAACCACCACAAAUGUCA